CGCUGUUGUUUGCCUGGGAGCAGUUGCCAAAUCCUUGAACAGCAUAAUGGUCAGCAGAAAGAAGGAAUUUGCCUUGCAGAUGGUUGUCAGUAAUCAAGAACACUGGGAAGAAUUUCUGGGGUCCAAAGGAUUGAUUGUAGUAGAUGCUUAUCAAGGCUGGUGUGGACCAUGUAAAACAGUUGUCAAUCUCUUCAAGAAAAUAAGAAAUGAAGUUGGUGGUGACCUGCUGCAUUUUGCUGUGGCUGAGGUAGAUUCAAUUGAUGCUCUAGACAAAUAUCGUGGAAAAUGUGAGCCAACGUUUCUGUUUUAUGGAGGGGGAGAAUUGGUAGCUGUUGUAAGAGGUGCAAAUGCACCAUUGUUACAGAAAACCAUUCUGGAGCAGCUGCAAGCAGAAAAGAGAGUCUUGGAUCAUGGAGCAGAGAGAGUGGUGAUCCAUGAUGAAGCCCUCCCUAAACAAGAAGAAAAUGGCACUGUUGGAGAAGGGCUGGAAGAAGACAGUGAGAGUGAAGAAGCAGACAACCUGGAUCAGUGAUUUUCAGCAGAAGAGAACUGAUGUUGUUGUUUUGCAGAUCUAAUAGAUAUCCAGUAAUGAAUCAAAUUUGGUUUGCAGAACAGAAUUGUUAUAAUUAAUCUCAUAGCAUCUUGGUUUUAUCAGUGGAACUAAAUUUCUAACUAAUUUUCUAGCAUUAUUUUCAUAGGGUCUGAAAUAUUGGUCAAAAUAUAAAUUCACAAUAUUUAAUUAUCAUAAUAGUUCUGAGGUCCUUGGUAUUCUCUGAACUUAGUUGUUUGCUUGUAGACAUUUCAUUAACCAACUAAGUAACAUCAUCAGCACUACUAAGUAUAGAGUUUGCUCCCUGUUUAUAUACAAUAGCUUGCCCUGCCAAUGUUGGUAGUGGGUAUCUUGGUGGUUUCUUGAUUAGGGGAGUGCUUUUUUGUAAAAAAAAAAAAAAAAAAAAAAGUGCCGGAACUCACACAU